GAGAAAUACCGGAUAAGAUUUAAGCUAAAAUUUUGCUACAAAAAUACACUGUGUAGGCGUCUUUGGAAUUUCGGUUUUACGUCUCUCACGUUCUGCCCCUAUAUGUGACGUAAGAAUACUGUUCUGUGACGACACAAUGCUAAGGACAUGUCACGCGAAAGAAAUUCUAAUAUUUCUGACGCUUGUAGCAGAAAUUUCAACAGCAGUACCGCUGCCGAUUAGACCGACAAAUACGGAUUUCGCCACUGGCUUUGCCACAAAAGCGACGAAAGGACUUCUGAUUGGCUGCCCGCUGGUCACGUGUUUGCUAGUUGGUACCUCAUGCGUGAGUUGUUGCAGGCGAAGGAUUGCCCAACAAAAAAUUCGGAGAUUCCAAAAAAGGUCAAAAAAGGACGAAAACGGAAAUGUAGGUGUGGUCACAGUAGCUGAAGAAAGUCAAGCAAAAGUGGAUAAGGUCUCACAGUCGGACCAGAGCCAGAGCAAUGGUCAAAAAUCUACACAAGCUGAGAUACAUACACCUGACAAUGUCAAAACUUUAGAACUAGGGCAACAACAAAAUAAUUUAUUUGUACAGUCAUCGAAAUACGUCACAAUCAUUGAAAAUCAAACAUACGAAGAUAUUGUGACGUCAUUAUCAGGUGAUUUCUCCGCGCAACGUCACAGCGAGCAUUAUGACGUCAACAAACAGAAUAAACAAGCCAGCGAAUACGAAAACGUCAAAUCUGUCACCCUAAGACAGCGAAAGAUGGUACAUGCGUACGAGACCAUAGAGUGCGUCCCCAACGGUGUGAAGAUAGUCGAAACCUUGGUCGUCCCAGAACCGAUCAAAAUCAAGCGAGAAUCCAAGAGCCAAGACCUGACUAUUUUUCCUUGCCAAGAGUCGCAGGAUAAAAACAAUCCUGAUCUGGACGUUAACAGUAACCCCCCGAAUACAAAAAGACUACAGCUGGCUGUGCGCAAAUCAAGCAUUGUUCCAAGGGCAUCAAUGCACGAAACGAAACCGAGUAGCGACAUCGGGCCUUCUCCGUACCUUUUGCGGACGUGGAGCGCCCCAAAUUCCGGCGGAGCUCGAGAAAAAUCACCAGGGGAGAAAUUCGCAACCGACCCAAAGCGGAAAAAUAAGCGACGGUUUAUUGGCGUGUCCUGUCUUGGCGAAACGGGAGAAGAGAAAUUUAAAAGUGAGGAAAAAUGCAGCGCCAAAAAGGACCCACCACAUGCUGUGCGCAUGCGCAGAAGAACGAAACGAAAAGUAAGAAAAACAAGACGUGUCUUGGACGAAAAAAGAAGAAAAUGCAUUGCCGCUAGGGGUCAGAACAAAUCACAAAACGACCUUAACUUAAACGGGGGACAAAACAGAUGGCCGUUGCCAAGGCUUUACUUUGACAGCAGCAGUGGAAGUGACGUGUUUAGGUUCAAACCACGUGCUAAGAUCGUUGAACCGUGUCAGGACUCAUCGAAGCGUGAAGCAUCGUUGCUGGAAGAUAUUUGGUGCCAUUUAGACGAAAUUACUCAAAAGUCGAAUCUAAAAGAAUCUUUUUCUUCGAGAAGGGCGUCAGUUUCUCUCGUAAGCUCAAGCGAGGAUGACGUAGAACCGUUGCCUAGUAACAGUGGUGACGUCAUCAGCACUGAUGACGUAUUAACUGCGUCACGAGGCAGCACAACUGACAGGGGGUACUUCACUUACAAGCAAGUGAAUAAAGCUCAAAGUCGAGUUCUAUCGAGCGGGAUAUCAAGUUUGGGGAAAUACAGUAGUUUUAACAGUUCGAGAGACGACUCCUUGCUUGGGGUCCGAUCCGUAUACCCUCGGGUCAUGGUUGUCCCGAAAAUUACAGUUUCUUUGCACUCGAAUAACUUGGCUGAGAAGAAUGGUAUGAGCGACUCGUAUUUGAAAGUGCUGGAAGCGUAUUUUGACACCAGUGAAAACAUAUACGAGGAACUAUAUAAAUGUGUUUCGAUGUCUACGCAACUGGGACCGCACCAAGAGAUUACGAAAGUCACAAAUGUGGUUGAACGUAAAAAGCGCGGAACUGGAAAUCAAGGCGAAGAAAUAGAGAUGGAAAAGGCUUCAGAAGGCAACGAAACACCGGCGGCUACAAGUCCACAAAGUAGCAAAACAACUAAAGUAAUUGUAGGCGUAGAAAGCGAACCAGCAUCAAAAAGAUCGAAAGUAGAUGACGGUGAAAUCAUUGACAACAAAACAAGUCAGGAACAACGAUCUAAUUUAACCAAUGACGUCAGCGUGACGUCAUUGCCCUGUUUUUCUGGCAGGAUCUGCGCUCAAGGGGCGAGGGCGUCGAAAAAUUAUGUGGUUGUUCCUCCAUCUGUACUGUUGCGUCAUACAGGGUCAAUAAGCGAGGAAGAGCGCUGUAAAAGUGGCUCUCUUGCGCUAUCUACCGGUUGCGUAAAUGAGGUUUUGGAGGACCCAUUAGCAGUGUUUAUGGAAAUGAAAGUUUAAUUGUAUUUUUAGAAUAAAAAUAAACUAAAAUAU